UCUUCAUUAGCAAGUUUGAACUCCCCCCCCCAAAUCUCUCUCUCCGUGCAAUCGGGAGGCCGAAUUCCGAUCUAGGGUUUCUAGAUCCCUAAAUUCACCCACAUUUUCUUUCCUCCCAAACGAUGGGAGUAGUAAUCGAGAGCGAAGUGUGGGAACCAAAUCGGGCGCUAUACGUGUUCAUAUCGGUGUCAUGUUUUCUCUCAAUCUUCUCUCUUCCUCGACCGUGGGCGAGUUCCAACAGAUCUCCGACUCUAUUCGAUCACUCUCUUCCAUCUUCCCUUCUUCGGUUCCAGAGACGGUUUCUUCUGAUAUAUUCUCUUGCCUCAGUGAUGGAAGGGCUGUGGUCAGUAGUUGGAGAGAAUGAGUUGGCAUACUACGGUGUUGGUCGGGGAUACAUGGUAUUGUCGCUCUGUGUUGCUUAUGCAGCUGCUCUCUUCCUUGGCACUUUGUUAGGCGUGCUUUCUGAUCUAAUAAUAUGUAGAAAUAGGUCAUUUGCUCGAGUGCUGUUGCCAAAAAAGUGGAGCUUUAAGUUGAAUGCUUUCCGUUUGGGAAAUACAAGAAGUCAAAAGAAAAUUUGUUUGAUAUUUUUCAUCCUACACCUCUUUGUUGGUGUGUGGAAGAAAAUUAUUGGACAUCCAAGCAUCUGGUUGGCAAGUGUCUGUCUCUCUAUUGCCAGUUCUAUAUUUUCAUUCAGUUUUGAGACAUGGAUGGUGGUUGAGCAUGAUAAGCUUGGGCACAGGCAAGAUACAUUGAAUAACCUAUUUUGGUUAAUGACCUUCACUGAGUCAGCAUCUCUCAUUGGUAGCCAAGUAAUGGCAAAUUGGCUGGUAAAUAAUAAUGUGGAGAAAAGCUUGCUUUCUCCUUCUACUGCAGCAAUCUUGCUGGCGAUUCUGUCUAUCAUUUUGCUCACUCGAGGGUGGAAAGAAGUUCCACAGAAAGCAGCAUUUGAGGAUUAUAGGAUAUCUUUUGCUGCAUACAUCUUUGGUGAUAAACGGGUAUGGCUGUUGGGUUGUGCACAAGCUUCUGUUCAGUUAUCUGUUGCAGUCUUCUGGAUUCUGUGGGGGCCUACUAUUGUGGCUGAUGGACGUGAAGUGCAUCUAGGUUUGAUAUACCCUUGUUUGCUGGGUGCUAGAAUGCUAGGAAGCACGAUAUUUCCAUGGUUCUUUAGUAGACCAUCAUCUCCUCGGAUAGAGGAUUGUCUGGUAUAUGUGUUCAUUGUAAUGGGUUUGAUUUUGUCCAUUGUGGCUUAUGAUUAUCAGGAAAUCCAUGUGCUCGUGACACUGUUCUUUGUAUUUCAUGCUUGUGUGGGGCUGAUUUUACCCUCGCUUGCCAGAUUGAGGACCAUGUACGUACCUAAUGAGUUGCGAGGAGGGAUGAUAAGCCUUUCCCUGGCCCCUGCUCAUGCCGCAAUUCUGUUUCUCCUGGUGCAAAGAGGCUACUAUCAGAACAUUGAGAAUUCGACAAUGAUUGCGUUUACUGCUGUGGGUUUAUUCACUGGAGCAGGUUGUCUGCAUCUUUUAAGGCGCUGGGGGAAGCAACCCCACCAGAACUGGCACAAGAAAUGAUUUCAUGUCCAUGUUUCAUGAUCAAAGGCCAAUUCAGGUAGAUGUAGGUUUACCCGUUUGGUAAGCAAAAGAGGUUGAAGAAUGGAAUGGAUACCAUCAAGAAAAUGCAACCCCAUGAAAGCCCAUCAAAACAUGUAAAGUGGGAAAACAGAGCUCAGAAACGCCAAUGUGAAUCCAACACAGGGCAGUGCAGUUCGUUUGAGGCCCAGUUUUGUGAUUCGUGCUAGGAUGAAGGAUGGCGGUUUCGCAGCUCUCGAAAAACACAGGGAUGAGAUGAAAUGUUCCCUACCAAAGGCUGUCAGGAAUGCAUGCACCCUUGCGGAUGAAGAGGUGUUCUAGUCCAUUCAUCCAUGCAUUUACAGAGCUUUACAGAUGAACCAAAAUUCGGGAAUAUGUUAAUGAACAGUUGCUUGAUUUUCUUGCAUUUGAAUCUUCUUGUUUAUGCCCGAGCAACUGUCAUGUACCCUUUACUUAUUACAGUUGCUCCAUGUUUCUAAUGUUGUUAGAAUGACUAGAACAUUCAAAUUAACAAAAGAUCUUUCUCAAGCCAUUUAACUUCUACAAAAGUGGUUGGGCCAUGCCCAUGUUUGUGUUUUUAUAUACUUUUUUGUAUAGCCACUUA